AUGCGGGCUGGGAAACUUUACCUUGUGAUGUUGCUGACCAGAGUGGCCUGCUUUGGAGACUAUACAGAACGACCCCAGGCUGUGCUGACCCAGGAGCCUGCAUGGACACAGCUAUACGAAUCAGAGAGUGUUACACUGAGAUGUCAGGUUCAGGGGGAUUACACUGACUGGAGAAUCACAUGGUACAAAGAUGGGUGGAAAGUUCCAGUAACCCAGAAUUAUUACAGCAGAAUAGAUGGUGACAAAUACACAAUUAGCUCUGCUACUAGAGACCACAGUGGGGAAUAUACCUGUAAAGGUGAAAGGGGAGGUAACCCAUCGUACUCUAAAGCAAGCAAUGCUCUCAUACUGACAGUAUCAGUGGGCGCUCCGAAGCCUGCACUGUCCCAGAAGCCUGCAGGAGAGAUAUUCGAAGGAGACAGAGUCACCCUGAGCUGUAGGGUUCCGGGGGGCUCUGAUGGCUGGAGAUAUCUCUGGUAUAAAGACAGUCAGUCCGGUACUCCAGUGUACCAGACUGACAGCAGCAGUGGAACUGGAGCCGGAUACACAAUCAGUGCUGCUGCUGUGUCUCACAGUGGAGAGUACUGGUGUCGAGCUGAAAGGGGGAGCAAACCGUUUUACUCACAAUACAGCAGUGCUGUCAAUGUUCAAGUAUCAGUAUCAGAGCUGUUCUCCAGGGUGACUCUGUCAGCCUCUCCGAGAGCCACAGUGAAGGAGGGAGAGGCUCUUAACCUGAUAUGUGAUGCAACAAUGAACAAAACCCUCCGCUCUCAACUCCAUUACACCAUUCUGAGAGACGGGGAGCCUGUGAUUAAUAGCACUGGCCCUGCACUGUACAGCAUAGCCAGCACUUAGAACAGCCAUGCUGGGAGCUACGCGUCUGCUGUGGAGUCACAGGGAGUGAGGAAGAGCAGCCAGGAGUUACAAAUUGAAGUGCAAAUGUCCUGGCAGAGCGCUGUUGCUAUUGGCUACAGAGUGAGCUUCACUCUGUAUCAUUUCAUUUUGUUCACUCUGCUGCUCCUUCAUUACUGCAGGAUCCAAGGUUUCCUGCGUAUCGCUGGUGGUAGGUCAAGGAUAACCUGGGAUCAGGAUCAGGAGCAGUCAGGAGAGGGGUUUGAGCUC